GGAGCAGUAGGCGGUCUGUAACCAGUUUGGCUCAAGUGGUGCCUCCCGAACCGCGGCAUCGGAGGUAGUGGCACCCUCUUCUAGUUUCGAACGAAGCAGACCAGUCCAGCCAGCAGCGAUGAAGCUGAUCUUGGACCUCGCCCUCGCCCUCGCCCUCUGUGCGCCUGGCCACGCUGCCCUGCUCCGCUCCGGCGUGGCCGACGCGGCGCAACGAGUCGAUACCGGCACCAGCCUGCGCGCGAAGGUGGGCUUCAUGGUGCAGGGCAUGCUGCAGAGGAAGCACACCACCACGCGGCACAUCGCGAAUACGGUGCACAAGAAGAUGAAGUUGAGCGACGCGCUCCCGCUGUUGGAGGACAAGCUACCCAAGGAUGUGACGUCCCUGCUGCACCUGUCCAACGGGGAGCACGCAGCGGCUGCGGGGCAGUUCAGCGAGGUCUCGUUGGCUAAAGGACGCGUGUACUUGAACAACAUGAUGUAUGACGCGUGGCUUCAGCUGGACCAGAUCGAGGUCGAGUGCAAGGAGUUCGAGGAGAGCAACCGCAUGGUGUUCAGCCAGGUGGUGACCGACCUGGAACAUUUGGGCUCGGACCUCGCCGACAAAGAGCGCAUGAAAAGUGAGGCCGAAGGUGGAAUCGCCGACAUGCAGACUCGGAUCAACAGCCUGGAGGGCGCCCUGGAUACGCUGAAGCGUGGCUUUCAGUCAACCCGCGAGAAGAACGCGUACGAGCUUUCGCUUCGCCAGGACGAUCAGGAUGUCUUCACCGCCAUCCUGCAGCUGUCCAAGUGCCCGAACGCCUACGGAGACGACACGUACUCCUUCGCGCAGCAGUUCCAGGUGUGCGACACGGGCAAUGGCACCGAGUUGGUGGUCAACGAUUCCUCCAUGGCAGCGAAGCUGAAGCGGUCGCCGCGAGUGCAAAAGGUGCUCGAGGAAGUCUUGGGGGCCGCCGAGUCGGGGACGCCCUCGCUGCUGCAGAUCGCUCAGGCGCCCCCGCCGCAGAGGGUCAAGCAACCGAAGGGCGGCUCGAGGAAGUGUCUGAACGGCAUCGUCAACUGCGGUUACCUCCACGACAUCAUGGCGCUAGAGUGGGGCAAGUUCAAGGACCUGGUGGACGAGCUGACCUACACCAUGCAGCGCAACCGCGACGCCUACGAGGGCGAGAAGGAGAAUAUGAACGAACAGAUCGCGACGCUGAGGUCGAACAAGAUGAAGUUCACGGAGAUGCUGGGCGAGGCUGUCUCCGAGAUCAACGCGCUCACGGCGGCGACGCGCGAGAAGCAGCAGCAGCACCGCGACAUCGAGAGAGCGUUCACGAUCAAGAUGGCGGAUUGCAGGAAGCGCAUGAGCGAGAUCCUCUACACGAACAUUUGCGGGACUCGGACCGUGCGCAAUGCACUGAUGCGGUACAGUGCAGUCUCGCCCACGCACUCGAUCAAGGACUGCGACGUGACAGACUGGUCCGCGGGGCCGUGCACCGCCGACGGUAGGGGCAACUCACGAUCGGUAGAUUGUGACGACAGCUGCCCGGCCGACGUGGGGGGCGUCGACGUCGACACGUGCGGUGGCCUGAAGUAUCUCAGCAGGCAGGUCAUCAUCUCCCCGAACUCUUUCGGCAUGGCGUGCCCCCCUUUGUACUUCGAGCGCACGAACGGGACCGUCGGCAUGAAGUGUAACCAGUUCCACUGCCCAGUCCAUUGCUCCAUGUCCGAGUGGUCUGGCUGGUCCGCAUGCUCCAAGGAGUGCGGGGGCGGCGCCCAGGGGAAGACCCGUUCAAUUCUCGUGAAGCCCAAGAACGGUGGGACGGAGUGUGACACCACACUCGAGGAGCAGCCGUGCAACACUGGAUCGUGCGACCGCGAUUGCACGCUCAUGCCGUGGACUGCGUGGGAGCCGUGCUCGAUGGCUUGUGGCGGCGGCAUCCAGGAGCGCGUGCGGAAGGUGGACAUCCCCAUCCGCGCGAACGGCAAGUGCCCAGGGUCGAAACACCCCGACCGCUUUCAGAUGCAGCAGUGCAACACCCAGGAUUGCGUUGGUGACGAGAUCUGCAUCGCCAGGCAGGACCUCGUCAUUGCGCUCGACGGCAGUGGCUCCGUGAAGCAGGAGGGCUUCGACAUUAUCAAGAAUUUCGCCCUGAACCUCACCAGCAAGUACCAGAGCACAUAUUACGGCGUGGAGGACAUGCGCAUCGGGCUGGUGCUGUUUGGGAACGGCGAGUACUUCGACAAUGGCACCGUCGCGCCGGCCCUGGAGGUGGUCUCGAUCACCAGCGACCUUGAUUCCGUCAGCACAGCAAUCGAAGGGCUGCAGUGGCAGCGCGGCUUCACUAACAUGAUGCAGGCCCUCAAGGCGGCCGACAACAUGUUCGCAGACGGCCGUGACGACGCUCAGAGCGCCGUCAUGAUGAUCUCGGACGGCAAGUGGACCAACGCGUACCGCACGACCAUGCUGGCAACGGCGAUGAAGGACAAGGGCGUGCAGAUCUUCAUGGCCCCGAUCGCCGAGACCACGACGCAGAAUCUGGUAGUGCUCAGGGGUUGGGCGAGCGAUCCGUGGGAGACCAACUACGAGCGCAUCCCUGGCCUCACGGCGCUCGUCAACAACGAACCGGAGUACGCCCAGAAGCUGCUGGUGAAGUUCUGCCCCCGUGCGUUCUCGCCGUCGGCCAAGUUGGAGGAGGAGCAGCAGCAGGGCUACCUCAAGAUCCGUGAGGAGGGCUACCCCUCCGACAGCUGCGGCCCGUCGAGAAACAUGGGCAUGGUCGACUCCGUCGAGGCCUGCAUGGAGAAGGUUAAAGAGGCGGGUGUCCUGGCCUUCGCGUACCAGGAUGGGGGUCGUAUGGAGGGGGCCUGCUUUUCGGAGGCGAUCGACGUCACUGAUGACUUGUGGAACCAAGCGCUGGCUUCCCGCGUCGACCUGUCGUGUCCAGGCGGCGCCUGGGUUUUCAACGAGUACCUCUCCACCUACAUCAUGAACCCGAGCAUGUUCGGAGACCUCUUCGACGAGUGAGCUGUCCUGGGUCCCCCGCUGCAUUGCCUCCGCAUGUUUGCGAAGAAGGCCGCACGUCUGCUGUGCAGGCUGGCCUCUUGUGUCUGAGCGCCCAGCAUAGCGAGCUUUCGCAAUCAAGCCAAGAGUGCUAUGCUUCUCGCUUGGGCUAUUCCGUGGGUUGACACUGCGCGUAACCCAACCACCAGCCCAUCCAGCCACAGUGCCUAGGCGAGUGGCACCGUUCAGGACAGCGUGGGAGCACUCAGUGGAAAACAAAGGGGAGAAGCCGUCAAAUCGACGAUCGGCAUCAUCCUGAGCAAGCCA